AGAAAGACAGAAAGAGACGAAGCACAGCUCACACAGUCUGUUCAUCAUGGAUUUAUCUCCUGSGGCUCUGACCUUCUGCUUCCUAAUAUGUUCAGUGGCUGCUGAGCCUCCAGUUGUCUCUGUGGAGCCUCAGUCUGCUGCUGUGCGCCAAGGAGAGUCCGUCAGCUUCAGAUGCCAGGUGGGGGGCAGCGUGCAACCAGUCCGGCUGGAAUGGAAGAAAGCCAAUAAYCAACCAUUCCUGGACAACGUGAAGGUUGGUCCUGAUGGAUCUGUGCUCACGGUUGCCAAUGUUCGACCUGGAAACCAGGGUCAAUACCGCUGUGUGGCCAUCAGCUCCACCGGCCGCAGCUUUGCCAACGCUGCACUCAGCGUCAAACAUGUACCUAAAGUCCUCCUGGUGCCAGCAGGACCCCUGAGGGUCCGAGUGGGUGAGCCUGUGUCAGUGGAGUGCAGGGCCACWGGCAGACCACGCCCCACACUGACCUGGCAGCGCCAAGGCUCCUCCAUGCAGCUGGCUACAGAGGAGAUAAACAACGUUAACCUUCUGAAGUGGGCUGCAAUACGACCAGAGGACUCAGGAGAGUAUAUUUGCUCAGCCGGGAACAACGUGGGGGCGUCAGAAGCCAGAAUUGAGAUCAGUGUGGAGGGGCUGCCUGGAUCACCAGUGGCUUCAGUGAACAUUGCAGAAAUGACAGUAGUAGAGGGACAAACAGUUACGAUGGAGUGUCAGGCAUCUGGCUCCCCUCCUCCUGAGAUCAGCUGGUCCAAGCUGCGAGCACCACUGCCAUGGAAACACACAGUCGUUGGUGGGGUUCUGACCCUGACCGCUGUGGGACGCCAAGACUCAGGGCAGUACAUCUGCAACGCAACCAACAUCCACGGUUACAGCGAGGCUUACACACAGAUGGAGGUGGACA